AUGAGCGCACUCGCGACCAAGCAGCAGUCGCAAAAGCUGUUCGAGAAGUUGAAGGGCAAGCAGGCCAACAAGAUCUGCUUCGACUGCGGCGCCAAAAACCCGACCUGGACCUCAGUCCCCUUCGGCAUCUACCUGUGCCUCGACUGCUCCUCCAACCACCGAAACCUCGGUGUCCAUAUCUCCUUUGUUCGAUCGACAAACCUCGACCAGUGGCAAUGGGACCAGUUGCGUGUGAUGAAGGUGGGUGGCAAUGAGUCGGCCACCAAGUACUUCCGCGCAAACGGCGGAAGCGCCGCGCUUGCCAGCAAGGACCCCAAGACCAAGUAUCAAUCCGCCGCCGCUACCAAGUACAAGGAGGAGCUCAAGAAGCGCGCCGCCAGGGACGCCCUCGAAUACCCCGAUGAAGUCGUUAUCACCGAUGUUCCUGAUGCCGACGGCUCCUCCACCCCGGCCGGCGAGCCGAGCGACGACUUCUUCUCCUCGUGGGACAAGCCCGCCAUCAAGCGCCCGACGCCCCCCGUCUCCCGAACUGCGACACCUCCUGUCGUGGGCCGGACGCCGUCUCCCUUCCUGACUGCCGGCUCCAACGGCAAGGACAUCUCGCGCUCGGCCUCUCCUCUGUCCAAGACGGAAUCCACCGAGGCCAAGCCGGCCGCCAGCCGCAUCACCACCUCGGCUGCGCUGCGGAAGACUGGCCCCGGUGCCACUGGUGCGCGCAAGACGAACGUGCUCGGUGCAAAGAAGACUACCAAGCUCGGUGCUAAGAAGGUUACCGGCGAUCUCAUUGAUUUCGACGAGGCCGAGAAAAAGGCCAAGGAGGAGGCAGAGAGGAUCGCGAAGCUUGGAUACGACCCCGAAGCAGAGGAGGCCGAGGCGAACAAGGCUCCUGUUGCGAAGAACGAAGCUAGCAAUGUCGUGUCUCCUACCCCUAUUAGCCCCCGCGCAGCUGGCCACUCGAGGGAAAAGUCGGCCGCCGAGGUUGAGCGCCUAGGUAUGGGCUUUGGCCGACUCGGCUUUGGCCAGGUUGGCGGCGGCAAGGCGGCAGCUGCCCCGGCUGCCAAGAAGAACGCCGGCGGCUUUGGGUCGGUUGGCCCUGUCAAGGCUGCAGUUGAAGAUGACGAUGAGAAGUAUGCCCGCAACAAGUUUGGCACCCAGAAGGGUAUCUCUUCAGAUGAAUUCUUUGGAAGGGGCAACUUCGAUUCCAACGCCCAAUCAGAAGCCAAGAACCGCUUGCAAGGUUUCGAGGGUGCUACAGCAAUUUCUUCGAACGCUUACUUCGGAAGACCCGAGGAAGAAGACAUCGGUGACGAUUACGGCGACUUGGAGUCAGCUGCCAAGGACUUCGUUCGCAAGUUCGGUAUCACUGCUGGCGAUGACCUUGAGAACUUGACCAGUGCCCUCGGCGAGGGCGCAACUCGGUUGCAGGGAGCUAUUCGGAACUACCUGGGCAACUAG